AUGUUGCACUCAGAUCCGUUAUCAGGCGACGCCGAGGAGAUGUACUCGAUAGAUGAGACGGCCUCGACCGUGUCCGCAGACCCUGAUGAUCCGGCAGAAAUGUGCAGAACCGCCGAUUAUUUCUUGACAGGUGAUCCGAAUGAACCAGAUCGUCUCGACGAUAUGUGGGAGAGGGAAAGAGUGUUACUAGGACCACUUCAUCGGUCCAAGCUUAACAAAUUCCGCCAAAUUUUAGAUAUAGGCACCGGGACUGGAGGAUGGGCUAUAGAAAUUGCAUAUGCUCAUCCCUCAGCAUCCGUCAUUGGAUUUGAUAUCUCUAACAUUCAACCGGAAUGGGGUCCAUCGAACCUCGCCUGGCAGUUAGGUGAUCUUCAUGAUGGUUUGAACUACGAUAACCACCAAUUUGAUUUGGUUCAUAUCAGUCACAUGGAUGGAUGUAUUCGAAGGUGGGACGAGUUGUUGGGGAACGUAUACCGCAUGCUCAAACGGGGAGGUUAUGUCGAAUUGCUGGAUUACGGUUUCACGAUAGAAUACGGAGAAGAGCGGGAGACCACAUACCUGUCCUCCCUGAUGACUGAUCUUCAACGCGCGGCUGAAGAUCGAGGUACACCACUGAACAUGGCACCACUCUAUUCGAGACAGUUGCAGAGUGUAGGGUUCCGAGAUAUCAUUCAGGAGAAGAUAUCUGUUGACGUCUUCCAGAACAUGGAUCUCGUUCGGCGUAGUCUCAACGCCUAUGCAAAGGGACUCUUAGUAGCUCCAGAUGCUACCCAGUCACUGAAGAAUGAGGCGAGCUUGAAAGCUUGUCUUGCGGCAGGKCAGCUUAAAGAGGGCGACCGUCUGAUACUAGUUUGCGCACAAAAGCCUCUUCAAGAAGAUCACGGUCUAAAGAUUCUAUUUUAUGUGUGGUUGAAUGCUUGGACAUGGCUGGUUUCUUACUCCCUACCUGACAUGGUCUAG